AUGAUUAUCUACGUCAUCUUAUUGUUUUCUCAUGGUGAUGUUCUUACACAAGACAUAAGAGCCGAUAUCGAUUUGAAAGAUUUUGGUACCUCAUUUACCCCUGUCAAUGAUAUCGAACUAAUUCGAACUACAUUAGUGAAGUCAUUGAUGGUCUGUGCUAGUUUGUGCGUUCAAGAUGCCACAUGUCGUACCUUCGAUUAUGAUAAAUCAUUUCGUCAGUGCCGAUUGUUUGAGGGAGAAAUCAUGACCGGUAUCGUCAACAUAUCGUCAUCAUCGGCAUCAAAAGUUGGCGGCAUCCGAUAUUCACCUAAACUAUAUGUUAUCUAUCAUCAAACAUGUGACAAAUGUGCAUUCAACCGAUAUCUUCUUUGCAAUAAUAAUUUAUGCGAAUGUCCAUCUCACACAUUCUGGGAUGGUGAAAUUGUAAAAAUCAAGUGUACACAGAAAGUACGUGUCAGACUGACAGCUGGUGUAGAACGGAAUGGAAUCUUAUAUGCAGUGCCAAUAACACAUGCGAGGGUAUGUACACGGUUGGAAAUAAUAUUUUUCUAG